UCAAAUAUAUUUAUAUAUAUAAAAAAGAAAAAGACACAAUCAAACAAAUGAAACAUGUGGUUGAGUAUAAAAAAGAAGAAGAGAGUUUGAUGAUAACUCUUGUAAUAUUUUGAGGAGUUUUGUCUCAACAGAAAAACGCUCAUUUUGAUUCCAAAAAUCCUAACCAAGAAGAAGAAGAAGAUAGGAAAAUUACAGUAAUAUUUUCUUCUAAUGGAACAAGAUUCAAGGCUCUAUGGAGAAUCAACAACAGAAGGUGAUUUGGAAGCUAGAGAAUCAGAAACCAAUCCUUUAUGCCAGACUCUGCUCAAAAGAAACAGAACACUUUCUUCUAAUCCUUUAGCCAUUGUUGGCACCAAAGUCUCUCAUAUAGAGAGUUUGGAUUAUGAAAUCAAUGAAAAUGAUCUGUUCAAGCAAGACUGGAGAAGCAGAUCCAGAGUACAAGUUCUUCAAUAUGUUUUCUUAAAAUGGACAUUUGCUUGUCUUGUGGGGCUUCUUACUGGAAUUAUAGCCACUCUUAUCAACCUUGCUGUUGAGAACAUUGCUGGUUAUAAACUUCUUUCUGUGUUUGCUUAUAUAGAACAAGACAGGUACUUUAUGGGGCUUCUGUAUUUCACUGCAGCCAAUUUUUUUCUAACCAUGGUUGCUGCUGUUCUCUGUGUUUGGUUUGCUCCAACUGCUGCUGGUCCUGGUAUUCCUGAGAUCAAAGCUUAUCUUAAUGGAGUUGAUACUCCUAACAUGUUUGGUGCUACCCAAUUGAUUGUCAAGAUAAUUGGAAGCAUUGGAGCUGUUUCAGCUGGAUUGGAUCUAGGAAAGGAAGGACCUCUUGUACACAUUGGUAGUUGCAUAGCUUCAUUGUUAGGACAAGGAGGGCCUGAUAAUUACCGGAUUAGAUGGCGAUGGCUUAGGUAUUUCAACAAUGAUCGCGAUCGAAGAGACCUCAUCACUUGUGGUUCUUCCUCAGGGGUUUGUGCAGCCUUCCGUUCGCCUGUUGGUGGUGUACUUUUCGCCUUAGAAGAAGUGGCUACAUGGUGGAGAAGUGCCUUGUUAUGGAGAACUUUCUUCAGUACAGCAGUAGUGGUUGUGGUUUUGAGGGCAUUCAUUGAAAUAUGCAAUAAUGGACAAUGUGGGCUGUUUGGAAGGGGAGGACUUAUCAUGUUUGAUGUGAGUAAUGUUCCUGUUACUUACCAUGCAAUGGAUAUUAUACCUGUUGUUCUAAUUGGUGUCAUUGGUGGACUUUUGGGAGCCCUUUACAAUCAUGUUCUUCACAAGGUCCUUAGGCUGUACAAUCUCAUUAAUCAGAAGGGAAAAAUCCACAAGCUCCUCCUCAGUCUUGGCGUAUCACUAUUUACCUCUGUGUGCCUAUAUGGUCUGCCUUUCCUUGCCUCUUGCACACCUUGUGAUGCUUCACUUGCAGAGUCUGUUUGCCCCACAAAUGGACGAUCAGGCAACUAUAAGCAGUUCAACUGCCCCAAAGGAUACUAUAAUGAUCUAGCAACUCUACUCCUUACCACCAAUGAUGAUGCAGUUCGAAACAUCUUUUCGACAAACUCUGCAGGCGAAUAUAAUGCCAUCUCCCUUCUUAUCUUCUUUGUACUCUAUUGUGUUUUAGGACUGAUUACCUUUGGCAUUGCUGUGCCAUCCGGGUUGUUUCUCCCCAUUAUCCUCAUGGGAUCAGCUUAUGGCCGUUUGCUUGGUAUGGCAAUGGGAUCUCACACAAGUAUUGAUCAAGGGCUCUAUGCUGUUCUUGGUGCAGCUUCUCUCAUGGCUGGUUCAAUGAGGAUGACUGUUUCGCUUUGUGUGAUAUUUCUCGAACUAACCAACAAUCUUCUUUUACUACCCAUUACCAUGAUUGUCCUCUUGAUUUCAAAAACCGUCGGAGAUAGUUUCAAUCUAAGCAUUUACGAGAUUAUACUGGAGCUGAAAGGCCUGCCUUUCUUGGAUGCAAAUCCAGAACCUUGGAUGAGGAAUCUCACUGUUGGGGAGCUUGCUGAUGCAAAGCCGCCAGUAGUUACACUCAAUGGAAUUGAAAAGGUAUCUCGGGUUGUAGAAGUUCUCAGAAACACUACACACAAUGGUUUCCCUGUUUUAGAUGAUGGUGUAUUACGGCCUGUGGGAUCUGGCAUUGAGGUAACCGAAUUGCAUGGAGUAAUCCUCAGAACUCACCUGGUACAAGUAUUGAAAAAGAAGUGGUUUCUGACAGAGAAACGGAAAACAGAAGAUUGGGAAGUGAGAGAGAAAUUUACCUCAGUUGAUUUGGCUGAAAGGGAAGGAAAAAUUGAAGAGGUAACAGUUACAAGGGAUGAAAUGGAGAUGUACAUAGAUCUGCAUCCCCUGACAAAUACAACACCUUACACAGUGGUAGAGAGUAUGUCUGUGGCAAAAGCUAUGGUCCUCUUCAGAUCAGUGGGACUCCGCCAUAUGCUCAUUGUACCAAAGUAUCAAGCAACUGGGGUGCCUCCUGUGGUUGGCAUUUUGACGAGGCAGGACUUGCGAGCACACAACAUUUUGUUUGCUUUUCCUCAUCUGGCAAGAUCUAAGAGCAGAGAGAAGCCAUGAACCUCUAUAAUCAAAGAAUGGUGGUAUUGACUUUCUUGGUGUGAGACGACUCAUUCUUUAUUCUUUAAAAAGUUUGAUCAAGUUAUCCAGGUUCUCUGUUCCCAUACUAAGAGGGUCAAAUAAGAUGCCAAAAAGAUACGUAAAAGCUUCAUUCAAAUUCUAAGAGAGCCACAUAAGAUGCCAUGCUCCACCGGGACAUAAACAACAUCAAAUUUCAAUUAUUCUUUAUACAUGAAUUUCAGUCAAAGGAGAACAAAAUUUCAUUUCUCUACAGAAAAGAACCAUAAAAAGAAAUCAUGGAGGAUUUUGGUCAGAGAGUUUUGUUUUGUUUUGUUUUUCAUUCUUCGUCCUCAUCUCCUCCUCCUCCUCUUCUUCUUCUAAGAACCGCACUACGAAUAUAAAUAUAUAAAUAUAUAUAUAUAUAUAUAUUUGUCGAGAGAGUCAGUAAAAUACACUUGUAAUCUUCACUUGUCA